AUGUUAAAAGACGAGAGUGGUGUCCAAAGGGUCCCAGCAGAGCGGGGUCUGGCUCCAGAGCCCCCAGUGAACAGACUGCGUGAUCGGGCUCACACCACCACAGCUCACCACCUGUCCCAGCGCGGUCACAGCUCUGACCCUGCCACCUAUCAAAAGCCUGCCCCCUCCUCUCAGCCCUCCCAGCCUGCGUACGUCCACGUCCCAGACCACCACGCCUCAGUACCACACACCCACACAUCAGGCCCUGCCAUGGGCCGCCACGGUACCAACCAGCGGACCCCCAUGGACCACCCGGUGGUGGAGGUGGAGCCCCCGAGGAGGAGGGUCAGUGCCGACCACAUCUACACGACCCACAGGGAGACCCACAGGGAGGGCAGGCAGGCGCCAAGAGAGGAGGUCCUCACUGAGGGUCUGCUAAAGAGCAGGAAGGCCGUGCUGCCCUCGGAGAUCCGCCGCAGGGAGAAGAGCGUGGACGACCCCCAGAGAGGGGAGCCCCAGCGGGUCCCAGGCUGCUGCCAGGACGACUCUGCCACCUCAACCGGCAUGGAAUGGGAGAGCUAUGGCAUCGGGGGGAGGAGAACCAGUCGGGAGGACUCAAAAGAGUGGGAGACUAGGCCUCAGGACAGGGACCAGCAGCAGCAGCAGCACUGGUCCAGCCACAGCCAGGACACAGAGGAGACAGGUCCAGCCAGGCCCAUGGAGAUCUCUUCCCACUCCAAGCCCAGACAGCAGCAGCUACAGCAGGCCCCUCAGCCUCUCCACCAGCCUCUCCACCAGCCCCUCCGCCAGCACCAGCAGAGCCAGAGUCAGCCUGGGCAACAGAGAGGCAGUGACUCGGCCGUCUACCUCCAGAGUGGCGCCUCCCUCCACCAGGCCAAACACAGUAGCAUGGAGCCAGCCGGGCCGCGCGGGCCCCCCAAGCCCAAGGUCCGCACACGCUCCAUGUCCGACAUCGGCGUGAGCCAGCGCCCGGCUGCCUACAGGAGCAUGGAGAGGGCAGCAGCCAGCAGAGAGACAGCCACGGCAGCCCAGCUGGCCAGGGAGGGAGGGGUGGCGGUGGGGGUGCUGCACAAUGGGGAGGUGGGAGCCCUGGACACCAGGGUCUCUGUGGCCCAGCUCCGACACUCGUACCUGGAGAACGCCAACAGGAAGCCGGAGCUGUAG